AUGGUGAGAUACGCUGCCACCCCUUCCAACUCGUCCAAGGCUGCUUUGUCCCGCGGUUCCUACCUCCGUGUUCACUUCAAGAACACCCACGAAGUUGCCGCUGCUAUCCAGGGCUUGAAGUUGAGCAAGGCUUACUCUUACUUGAAGAACGUCAACGAGCACAAGGAAGCCAUUCCUUUCCGUCACUUCAACGGUGGUGUUGGCCGUACUUCCCAAGUUAAGCAGUUCAAGACCACCCAAGGUCGUUGGCCCGUCAAGUCCAUCAAGUUCGUCACUGACUUGCUCAAGAACGCUGAAUCCAACGCCGAAGCUAAGGGUUUGAACGUUGAGGAACUUUACAUUUCCAGCAUCAUUGUCAACCAAGCUCCCAAGCACCGUCGUCGCACUUACCGUGCUCACGGUAGAAUCAACCCCUUCAUGAGCUCGCCUUGCCACAUUGAAGUCAUUCUUACUGAGAAGGAAGAGUCUGUUCCUGCUGCUGCUGGCAAGAAGGUUGCUCGUCUCAACGCUCGUCAAUUGGCCCGCAACGCUCGCCUUGCUCGUGCUUAA